AUGGGCUACGAGUCCGGGGCCCGCUUCCGCUCAUUGGAAAGGGCAGCAGACAGACGGCAGAAAGAGCUAGAGCUGGAACAAAUGAAGCUAGAAUUGGAAGAAGUAAAACGAGAGUAUGAAGAAGGACAAAGAUAUAAGGCCGAAUCCCGUCUCCGAAGGCUGGCGGACCUGGGCGAGCCUGCGGGCCACCCGUACUUUUCCUUCUCCCUGCCUCGGUCUUCCCCCGCUGCUUCGACGACGGGCUCCGCGCUCACUGCCGAGGAGGAUUCGACCCUGGAUGGCGAUAAGGCCGCUUCGCCUCUGAAGCGGACGGCGAGGGUGAUUACGACGUCUUACGUGCUCGAAUCGGAAUAUACCGGCAAGGGGCCCCGGGGAGAUGUUCAGAGUGCUACUGUUACCGUGAUGACUGGGGCUCAUGCUCAUGCUCGCCCAUUAUUCCGAUGGAUUCAUUUCACCUCUCCAUCAAUGGACUUUGACGCAUUUGCAGAAGAAGUGUCGCGAGUGCCCAACCUGACGUCCUCGGAAAAAAGAUCUUUAUCUACCUUAAUGAACGACGUAAAGCUCAAAUAUGUCAAGCCGAUCCAAAUCUCCGACUCCAAGACCGUACGACUCAUGGAGCCUAACAUCAUCCAAUCCACCGUGCCCCCGCCCGCUGGCAGCACCAAGGAUCUCUCGGCCAGACCUCGCACGGUAACUUGGGUUUCCUUGCCUUACUUUAGCCUCGAGAAGUACUCCGGCUUAGAGAGCGACGCAUUAUUCCCCAUCCAGACCCUUCUACAGGCACAGUUCUCCCGAAGCGGGCGCGGCCGGGACAUGCAGCAAGCUGUGUGCAAGAACAAGUUGGCCCCGCCUGGGUAUUGUUUUCAUAUUGCGCAGAUCUGGUGUGUCGUUUUGGAUAACUCUUUUCUGUUCACGUGUAGCCGUUUACCAGAGUCGGCUCUGUACGGCCAGUCAAUCCAACGAACCGUCAAGUCGCCAGAUGAGAUCGCGGAUACUAAGGGUAAAGGGCAUAUCUUGGUUAGCCACUCCGAUGCCGUCUUGUGGAAGAUACCAUUGGAACAUGCCCAAACUUGGCUCGAGUUUACCGCCCACUUCCGAGAGCUUUUCCCUACACCGUUAAUCUUCCACUACCAAAAGAAUCAGGUAGUAACCGCAAAGGAAUGGCCAACUGUCCGCCAGAGAGCCGCCCGAGGAAAUAUUAUCCUCAGUCUCACCAAAGGACCCCUUCCCAAGCUACCGCCAGUGGGCGUUCUUCCUCCAAGUCCAUAUAUCGAAGAUGAUUCAGGGUCUGUCGAAGGCGAACCGUUACCGCCCGUGGCAGCGAAAGGCAAGGAUGAUCCACAAACACAGCCAUCUCCCACACCUGCGCCAUCACGGCCGGCUCCUCAAAAGAAGGAAGCAGGUUUCUCAAUCUUCAGCUGCUUGGAAGGCGUCUGGAACGCAAAAACGGGGACCAUUAAUCGGCCCAAUCUCACCCAACACUUGGCGAAUGUCGGAGACUAUCUCAUGACCGGGACAACCUUCAGCGACCGUAAGGCAUACCGUCGAUGCCAUGGCUCAUCGUACGCGAAUGUACACCGCAAACUCGCAAUACGGGGUGCGAAGCUUUCGACGGAGCUCGCGGACGCGGCUAGCAUAGAGCAGGCCGAGUACGAGGAGCACAUCGAUGUCGUCAGCGCAGCCGCCGUCAUCUUCGAUGCUUUCUUCCCUACGCACCAUGGAAUCCCAACUACUGGAAGGUUCUGGGGCGCGAUUGACAGGCUCAUUGACCCGCCGGAUCAACCUUUCGGUUCCCGGGACCGCCCGUCCCUGCGCGAUCUCCGUGUCCAACUGAGAGGAUUGUGUAUCACUCUCGCAUCAUUCACCGAUCUUUUUAAGACGAUCACCACAAAAGACCUAUCCAGAAUCAAGGCGCCCGACGAGCUCACCCUAGCCUGGAUCCAUUUACUCAUGGGUAUCAUCUACCUGCCAACUGAUCGGCUUCGAUCCGAGCGGAUAUUUUGCGACGCUGAAGCCCUUCUCGAUGACGGGUUGAGAAUCAUCGUCAUGUCCCUGUCCGAAACUGACCUCGUUGACAAAUCGGUCGUCCUUCCCAUGGAGCUCUUUUCGCUCGUCUGUUUGGAGCUGAUCAAGAACAGCAACCCUGGGCUACCGAAUAUUGCCGAGACCUACUCUCACUACUUGUCCACUCUCGAAGCCGAGAUAUCCUCAAAUCCUUCCGACAGAACCUACGAACGCCGUCUCGCAAUGUUCAAACAAGAAACGACCAUAAUCCAACAUACCCUCGAUACGCAAUACGAAAUCAUGGAAAGGCUCGACAAGCUCGACUUCGUUGGCCGACUCCCACACCUCCCAGGACCCGGAUACACCCCCGCGUACCGAUUCGAACCACGGCCCAUACAUUCUGCUUCCCGACAUUACGAACCAGGUCGACCGCGAUAUGCGGGUGGUGGCCCGGCCGCCGAUCCCUUCUUCAGCAAUGCCGUUCUUUCUGAUAUCGGAGGGUUCCGGGAGAGUUUUAGACGAGAAUGCAUAUCUCAGUCGCUGCGGACGAAUAGGAUGAUUUCCGAAACGCAUGAUCAAGCGACGGACCUGGAGGAGUUUUGUCGAAACCAAAUCGACACCACCAAGGACCGACAGGAGCGAGCCAUCUACGCCUUCACAAUCGUCACAGUCAUCUUCCUCCCCCUCAGCUCCGUCGCGAGCAUCUUCGGCAUGAACACGGUCGAUGUGCGAGACAUGCCGCAGAGCCAGUGGAUCUACUGGGCCGUGGCCGUCCCCGUCACGGUCGUAGUCAUCUUCCUAGGAUUACUAUGGACGGGGGAGCUGACGAAUAUCGUGCGGUGGUUCGCAUCGUUGGGUUCGGAUGAGAAGGGGGCGUAUUAUAAGGUUAAAUAUCCGAGGAGGAGGCGCCAUCGGACGCGAGUGAGGAUUGAGAGUCCGAAUGGCUACCUGAGAGCCUAG